UUUGAGAUCGAAAUUACAUAAAUUAUCAGGUGAGAAUGCAUAUUCUGGGGUAAAAAUUCAAGAUUAUCAUUAUAUUUCACGGAAAUCUGGACAAUCUAAGAAAGAACGCGAUCAUUUCCAAUCUCAAGACAAACAAAUAAAAAUGCGGGAUUGCUGUGGAUCUCCGAAUCAGCCACGAAUCUCUAUUAUAAAGAACUCAGAACCACCUCAAAUAUGUCCUCCUAUUUGUUUCACCUGGCCGUUGACGUGUCCGAGACCAUCACCAGGACCCAAACCAAUAAAAACAGAGGUUUAUCUUCGACCGGAUCCGCUGUGUCCGCCAUACUAUCCCAUGCCCUGUCCCCCUAAAGUCCAGGUGAUAUCACUGCCAAUGAAAGAUCCAGCUCCACCACCUCCUCCUCAGCCGCGAUAUUGUGUGACGAUAAAAAGAAUUCCCAUUGGACCUCCUCCACCACCCACUCCACCCAUAUCUUCACCCUGUCGAGCGAUUUGCACACCUUGUUCUCCUGCAUGUCCACUGUGAACUUCUACUAUUAUUCAAAAAGGAAAAAAUUGCACAACCGAAUUUUUCUGUUUAACAGGAU